AUGACUUUCUUUCAAGCAUUGACCAUGAGGAACAGCUACACAAUCCAGAGAAAGGUGGAAGUUGCCCAAUGGCACAAGAAGAAUGGAGAUAACUUAAGCAAAACUGCAAGACAUUUUGAGCUGGACAGGAAACAAGUUCGCGAAUGGAGCAGUAACUACCAGUCUCUUCUACAGCAGUGCCACAACAAAAACAAAUUCAAGAGAGCCAUAAACAACGGGCGGCCGGUCUUCAGUGAAGAGCUCGAUGAAGCGCUCAUGGACUUCUUGGACACCGAGUGGGCAGCGGGGCGAGCGGUGAGCAAUUGCGUCCUUCAAGAGCAUGCACGCAAGUUGGCAGUUCAGAUGAACCUUGGCAACUUCGAAGCUUCGAAACACUACCUGGCCCACUGGAAAGCCUGCUUCAAUGUCUUGAUACGAGUGGGGACGAACGAGAGUCAGAAGUUGCCGGCUGACUACGCUGAGGCCAUCUCCAUCUUCCAGUGGGCUGUGGGAAGCCAGUGCCUGGAGCACAGAUACUCCAACUUUAGUAUAGCCAACAUGGACCAAACCAUGGUACACGUGGACUGCCUAGCCAAGCGGACCAACAACGUUGAUGGUGAAUCAAGCAUCCGCAUCGUAAACACAGGCUGCGCCCGUCGUGGACUGACGGUUGCACUGUGUGCAACAGCUGCAGGCAUAAAACUCCCGGCUCUCGUCGUGCUAAAGAAACCGACGGGCUGGAUCUUUCCAAGGGCACUGUUCGCACUUCCAAUCCCAGGUAUUGUCUCAAUUUCCAAGUACAAUCUACGUUACUUCUGGUUUGAUGGUCCAAACAAACUUCAGCCUAAGAAGACAUUGUAA